CCACCACCGUCAUGACUGAGACAAAGCCCAAAACCCAGUACCCUUCAUCAUCGUCUUCUUCUUCUUCUUCUACUGGGGUUCCGAGUCCGAGUGAUAAUGGGUCAAAAAAAUUUUCAGGGCAAAAGAUGCAUAUAAACCCCCCAGAAAAAGAGAUUCCGGAUGCGGCAACUCUGAGAGAUCAAUGGAGAUUUGCGAUUAGGCAAUACAGUAAAUGGUACUCUCACGCUUGGGGCACUGCCAUUCUUGCUGGCACUGCCUUCUUUGCCCUCGGUUGGAUCAUCAAAGGAGAAAACCCCAUACCCUCUUUUCACUCCAACAACCCUCCCCCCUCUGAGCGUGACAACGACAAAUCUCGACCCUAAUUCACCACUUCCUGCACCAUUCACUGGAAUCAAGCCACACAAGAACUGCUUUUGGUUGCCAGCGCCCUGACACCUUGAUUAUGAUGGUCUAUGGAAUUUUAAUGUUAUUAUAUUCGAGUCUAUCGCAAUUGUUAUAUUGCUUUCUUUUAAAUUAAUUUAUAUCACUGUUUCGAUAAGGAUGUAAGGAAAAGGAAUAAGACUGCAUAUUCAAAUGUUUUUCAUGUGGAUCUAAGGAAAAAAGAUUGUACAUAUUCUAAUGCUUCAUCCCAAUUUGCCAUUUAUGGUACCGAUUAUGGUGCAUUUUAGUUUGUUAUCUUCUGAUAUUCAAACUUGAACCCAAAUUGACAUUCAUCGGUUCCUGAAUUUUUUUAACUUA